AUGGAUGAGUUUUCCACCGAGGUUCGCGGCACCGGGCCCCUCUUCUACCACACGUACAACAAGCUAACCAAAUCAGUAACAAUGUGGUGGGUUUUCACUAAACAAAUCAAAGCGUCCUUGAGAAAGGGCCAAGGUGUGCCUCACGGUAUCAGAAUGGGUGGUUUCUUGUUGGGUGGCUACUCCCUCUAUGCCUACAUAAUGACCUCCGGUCCGAGCAACAACGCCUUGCAAGCCGACAAGAGAUACGGUGCGGUUAACGGCAAGUACGCCUACGAUCACCACGAGGCGAUCAAACCAGUCAUCAAGUACUAG